UCAGUUGGGCCAAGUAGUCGAUGCAGUCAAACCGUACUAAAAUGUUCAACAAAACGAUUGUCGUGGCCCUCCUUGUGUGCGCUUGCUACCUUGGCACCAUUGAGGCUCGCCCCGGACUUACCGAUGUGGCCUCUGGACCAGUUGGAGCAGCCGCGCCAUUGCUUACUGGAGCUGUUGGUGGACUAACUGCAGGAGCAGCUAAUUCCGCUGUUCCUCAACUGAGUAGUGUUCUUGGCCAGUCAGGACCUUUGGGAUUGGCUCAAGGACUUGGAGGACUUUCCGGUUAAUCCCUUGAAUAUUUCAAAAGCUCUUAGACAUCUUAUUGUCAAACAAAACUAUGUUUCAAGCAAAGCGUAUAAAAUAUUACAUAAUUUGUCAAUUUUUAAUUACAAAUAAAGUUACGUUUUGAGCAUU